UGAAGCAGAAGAGCGGAAUUCCGACGGUUUUCAGACUUUUUCCAACGUCCAUGCUUAUUUUUGCGUAAAAAAGGGCAGAAAGACGACAAAUAGUCAAAAAUAGGAACAGGGGGUUAGAAUUUUGCUGGUUUGUCUUGUGUCAAACGGAUAAGUGUAAAUUGAAAAUUCGAGUGAUAUUUUGUAAAUGGUUUUGGAGUCUUAGACUUGGUUACCGACGUUUGUGACACUUUUCUGAAUUGUUGAACCCCUAGAAAUUUGGAAAAUCGACGGGGAAAUUGAAUCUUGAGAAAAGGUUUCUUUAAUUUUUUGUGGGUUUUAUUUGUGUUUCAACAUAACCUAGAUGUGGUAGCCGGUUAUGAUUAAAUCUGGUAAAUACUCGGAAAAUUUUGAAGCAAAAGGUCGACAGCCGGAGUGCAACGUUUGCAUUUUCAUCUGUACAUCGGUCAUAUUGCAGUAGGUAAAAAAAGUUUGACGUCCUGGCUACGUGGAAAAUUCAGAUCGAAGAAAGUACUUUUAGUACUUUCACGGUCUAGAGGUCGAUUGCAAAUUUGUUCUUAUGACUUUUGAUCAAUAAGAAGCGACAUAAAAAUCAAGCACCAUGAGUAACAUACAGAAUUCAACAAUGAUGGCAGUUGCUAUCAGUGCAACUGUUGGUGUCUUAACUGCUGCAACAUUAUUUAUUUACAAUAAAAUUCUCGAAGAGAAAAAACAGCACACUGCAAUGAAUAACAAAGUUGACCAAGUCAAUCGAAAAGUCCUCGAAUUACAGGCCGAGUUGAAUGCAUUAAGGACGCAACAGAAACAGCAGAGGAACAGGAGGAAAAAACUGUUAGGAAGUCGGCAGACCGUUUCAGAUGCAACAGAUUAUACUGCAACUGACAAUGAGACUGAUAUAGAUGCCUAUUCAGUAGCAGGAACAGAUAUUGGGGACGAUGAAUUCUUCGAUUGUUCGGACAGUGAAGGAGGCGCUGGUGAUAUGGAUAACAGGACAGCAGCAGUGAACGGCGUGAAAUCGUCGCUUGCGAGUCUCGACGAGGACAGGAAAGAUAAGGCUUUGCAGACUGAAAUUUACUACAAAUUAAAAUCAUUAGCCAGUUCACAUCCCAACGACAUUGAGAUUAUUUGGAGGCUUGCAAGGGCUUGCCACGAUUGUUCUACUAAUGUUAGUGACCCUGAGAUGCAAAAGGAGUUCAUCUUCGAAGGUAUCACAGCCUGCGAGGCAGUUCUUGGAGUUCCCCACGCGGAUCUCUAUAAAUGGUACGCGGUUCUAGUCGGAUUGAGAGGAAAGUUUAUGAAGACGAAAGAAAAAAUCAUGGAUGGGUAUCUUUUUGCAGAAUAUGUAGAGAAAGCUUUGGAACUUCGACCUGAAGAUAGCACUAUACAACAUCUUCUUGGUAGAUUCAAAUACGAAAUAUCGACAUUAACCUGGAUUGAAAGAAAGGUCGCGGCAACGUUAUUUGCCCAGCCUCCAAGUGCUUCCUAUGAAGAUGCGAUUGUGUAUUUCAAGCGAGCAGAAAGUCUGGCGAAAGAACCUUUCCUCCAGAAUAAACUUUACCUUGGAAAAUCCCACAUAGCACUAGGUCAAUACAAAGAGGGCGUCGAAUAUUUAAAUCAAAUAUACGAACUGCCAACGAGCGACGAUGAACCCCAAAUUUUAAAGGAAGUGAAAGAACUUUUGGACAAAUAUUCAGGAUAUCUUUCAUAGUCGAUAAGAGUGCUAGGAUGUGCAUAUGAUCAUUCCAUAUUUUAUAAAUGUCAUAUUAAACGAGGAGCGUGAUAUCAUAAGACAUAAACUAUCACAAAAUAUAAAGCCUAGCAGGAUAUUAGAUAGCAUGAUAUAUGAACUAAGCCCUCGGAUCUCGGGUAGCUCGACUAAAAUCGAGUUUUUUAAAAAUAUUUACGAUAAGCUGCAGGAUGUUUUUGAUUGUGCUACAAAUUCCUGUAAAUUGAUAGGGUUUUUGGUAUAUUUUUUAUGAAAGUAACUUCCGAUUAUUUGUUUUCUUAAUUAUAUUUUAUUUUUCCUUUUAUACGUAUGACUUUAUUUAAAUAAUGAAUUCAUGAGAAUAGCAAUUUUUAGGGUGUCUGUUGAACAGCACAAGGUACAGGGAUUUUCGAUUUUUUAAACUUAAUUGUUUUUUUAUUCAAGUCUAGAAUUUUUUUAUCUGUAGUUUUUAUCACACCCUAGCAAACUUUAUUUAUUCUUCGUCCUAUUUUACUUUAUAACUCCAAACUCGCGUUUGGGCCUUCCUAAAUUUCUGUUUUCAAAUUCGUCUAAUAUUUGUGCAAGAUUUUAUUAAUGACUUUAAGUGUGGGUAAAUAAUUAGGCAGGUGGAAAAUAUGCAGAAAUAAGCUCAUACCGUAAGUAGCGAUAGUGUAAAUCUGUAAACCAACAUAUUAAAUAUUUUAUUCCUCCAAAUAUGCAAAUUGUGAUGAGUACUUUCUUGUUAUUGAUUUUAUUAAAAUAUUUAAUGUAAAAAAACAUCAUAGAAUCUAUAAAAUUCUGUUUGUAAAUACAAUGGUGAAUGUCGAAGAUGGAAAAUAUACGAUUCACCGAACAAA